CCGGGGAAAAGCCCAGACAGGGGUUAAAAUGAAUGAAGAUCUGAAGGUUAAUUUGAGCUGGCUGCCUCAGGAUCAUGUAGAAGCCAGCUCUACCGAGAAUGCCUCAGCCACAGGCUCCUCCCUGGUUCCUGUCGUAGACCCAGAGCCUGAGCUUUUGGUAAACCCCUGGGACAUUGUCUUGUGUACUUCAGGGACUCUUAUCUCCUGCGAAAAUGCCGUUGUGGUCCUUAUAAUUUUCCAUAAUCCCAGUCUUCGUGCCCCCAUGUUCCUCCUGAUAGGCAGCCUGGCGCUGGCAGAUCUCUUAGCGGGCAUUGGAUUGAUCAUCAAUUUUGUUUUUGCAUACCUUCUGCAAUCAGAAGCUACAAAACUGGUUACGAUUGGACUGAUUGUUGCCUCUUUCUCAGCAUCUGUCGGCAGCUUGCUGGCUAUCACUGUUGAUCGUUACCUCUCCCUGUACUACGCUUUGACUUACAAUUCAGAGAGGACUGUCACUUUUACCUAUGUCAUGCUUAUAUUGCUCUGGGGAGCAUCUAUCUGUAUUGGACUGCUGCCUGUAAUGGGCUGGAAUUGCCUCAGAGACGAAUCCACCUGCAGUGUUAUCAGACCACUCACUAAAAAUAAUGCAGCUGUCCUUUCGGUCUCUUUCUUGCUUAUGUUUGCCCUCAUGCUGCAGCUCUACAUUCAGAUCUGUAAAAUCGUGAUGCGCCAUGCCCAUCAGAUUGCCUUGCAACACCAUUUCCUGGCCACUUCCCACUAUGUGACCACCCGAAAAGGAGUGUCUACUUUGGCCAUUAUUCUGGGGACUUUUGCUGCUUGCUGGAUGCCUUUUACGCUCUAUUCUUUAAUAGCAGAUUACAGCUAUCCUUCUAUAUACACCUAUGCCACCCUCCUGCCAGCCACCUACAAUUCCAUCAUCAAUCCUGUAAUAUAUGCUUUUAGAAACCAGGAGAUACAGAAAGCACUUUGGCUCGUCUGCUGUGGCUGUAUUCCUUCUAACCUGUCUCAGAGGGCAAGAUCACCCAGUGAUGUCUGA